UAGGAUUCUGUCCAGUACUCUGUGGUUCUAAACUAAAUAAAAAGCACAUGAAUUUGAUGAAGUAUCCCAAGGAUCCGCGUGACCAGGCAGACGAUGGUGCUGGAAAGAAUGUUGACCCUACGCUUUCUGCAUCGAUCUCCACCCCGUCCCACUGGCCCUGUAGUCCUUAACACCCAUUCACAUGCAUCCGUGUUUACAGAAGGGUAGAACAGUGUUACGGGAUGGACGUUUCAAUUUAAUUUGAGGCACUUUCCCUGAAGGAGGGGCAGGGAGACAGAAUUGUUGACCUUCAGAAGGAAAAGAGGGAACGACCCAAUAAGCAGCCUGCUUAGCAGAGGAGAACAGGGGAAGUACGGAGGAAAAAGGGGGAAAGAAACAGAGUGAGAGAGGAGGAGAAAGCAAGGUGGGAGAGCAAAACUCUGUGAGAGUGAAGUGACAGCUAGAGGAUUCAUCAAACGAGGGCAGGAACCAGCAACAGGACCAUGAAAGCUGGGCUUGCAUACUGCUCUCUUCUUGUCCUUCUUCUGAUCACGGAUGUCUGUGGCCAGCGAAGACCAAGACCAAGGCCUGUCCGCCCAUCUACCACCAAGAAACCUCCUGCCCCCAAAAAACCAUCCUCUCCUGCCCCCAAAUCUGUACCCGAACCCCAGGAACCCACAGAUUUCCCCCCUCCGAUCCUAGGCCCUCCCUCUGAAUUCCCAGACUGCCCCAGAGAGUGUUUUUGCCCACCAUCUUACCCAAAUGCCCUGUACUGUGAAAACCGCAACCUCCGGAAGGUCCCGAUCAUCCCAUUCCGAACCCACUAUCUGUACCUACAGAACAACUACAUUGAUCAAGUAACUGCAGACUCCUUUAACAACUGCACUGAGCUUAAGUGGAUAAAUCUGGGAAACAACCGCAUCCGUUCAGUGGAGAAACAAGUGUUUGAGAAGCUGCCAAACCUCCUUUAUCUUUAUAUGCAGAGGAACCAGCUAAAGGAGGUGCCCGACGACCUGCCGGUCGGUCUGGAGCAGCUUAGACUCAGCCGCAACCAGAUCUCAAAGAUCCCUCCUGGAGCGUUCAGCAAGAUGAAACAUCUUGCGCUUCUGGAUCUCCAUCACAACAGGAUCAGCGACAGCAGCAUGGGAAAGAACAUCUUCAAAGAUCUGAAGAACUUGAUUCAGCUCAAUCUGGCCCACAACAUCCUACGGAAGAUGCCUGCAAAUAUACCCAACAGCCUCUUCCAACUGUUCUUGGACAGAAAUAACAUUGAAGAGAUUCCACAGGACUACUUCAAGGAUUUCACAAACCUAGCCUUUGUGAGACUUAACUACAACCAGCUUAGUGACAAAGGUCUUCCAAAGAUGGUGUUCAACGUGAGCUCACUGUUGGAUUUGCAUUUGGCCCAUAACAAGCUGAGCACUGUUCCCCUGUUCAACUCCGAGCUGGAGCAACUUCACCUCAACAACAAUAACAUUGAGAAUAUAAACGGCACUGAGAUCUGCCCCACUAACUCUCACAACAUGCACGAUGAAAACGGAGCACCCAGACUGAGAUACCUGCGUCUGGAUGGCAAUCACUUGAUUCCUCCUGUGCCCUUUGAUGUCAUAAUGUGCUUCAGACACCUCCAUGCUAUAGUAAUAUAAGAUGUUAUGAGUGAUGAACAGAUUUAUGCAUGCCUGUGCACAACCAGGCCUUCCUGUCUACUUGACAGUACUGAUUGAAUCAAACAGUACCAGAGAAAACAAGUAAGGAAUUAAGAACAAAUGGCAAUGCAUUUUUUUUUAUCCUUAACGUUCAGGAAUGUUUCAGUGUGUAACCUAAAAACCUUCAAUGCAUCGUAUUUAUUGAAUUUCCUGUCUUGAAUACAACUGAGCAUGAGUAUUCUGCAUUAAACGUUUCUAUGUGAUUAUACAGAACAGAAGCAGCAACAAUGGCUGAGUGGAAUUAAUUAAACCCUAAAAAUAAAGGUACAUUAACUGACGUACUGUGCUACAGACAACUAGUGUAGUUACAAUGAAUAAACUGCAAGAAGUAUACUGAUCUAUAGAGGUAGACUAGAGAUUUGAUGAAAAGAAUGAUUAACAGGGGAAUAAUGUAACUACUGUGUAGUUGAAAAUGUCCUUAAUGUGCCUAUGUUUUUAAAGUACUGUGUGUAGUCCUGCCUUCACCUUGUGUCAAUAUUUCUAUAUAAAUAAAGAUGUAUAGGAAAAAAUUCUAUUCAAACAUACUUGCACCUGCUAUAUUCCACACUUCAUAUAACAUAAAAAUACAAUAAAACAAUAAUAAAUGGA